ACCCUGGCCAUUGUUCGCUGCUCCUCCUCUCGUGCACAGCCUUUCCCUCUCGUAGCGAUCUAAUUUAUCAGCCCUAGAGAGAGUGCCCAUUGCGAACCCAAGGCCGAACGAAAUCAAGGGGAAACGAGACGCAGCGACGACAACGGUGAGGUAGGCGGAAGGCGAUGGCGUCCGCCGCGGUGGAGAAAAAGUAACCGACGGAGGUGGAGGGAGAGAUGUGCGCGCCAGCGGCGCAGGUGAGAGGAGGCGGAGGCGGUGGCGAGGGGUUGCGGUAGUACUACGUCCAGCACAUCCAUGAUCUCCAGCUCCAGAUCAGGCAGAAGGCGAACAACCUCCAACGCCUCGAGGCCCAACAGAACGAUCUCAACUCUCGCGUCAGAAUGCUCUGAGAAGAGCUACAGCUGCUUUAGAAGCCUGAUUCGUAUGUUGGAGAGGUGGUGAAAGUGAUGGGGAAAUUCAAGGUCCUAGUCAAGACUCUUGAUGAUGAAUUAUCUCAUUUCCGAGAUACGUCUAGUUUGCUAUCCCAAUCCGACGAACAACUCCUCCUGAGAUACGAGUUGCAAUCCGAUCAGUCAUUACUAGAAGAAUAUUAUUUUCCCUAUGAUUCUAAUUGGCUUAAGACACAGAUCAACAGGGGCCUUGAGUUUUGGUUGGGAUACAGGGAAGCAAGCUUUGUGUCAGAGGAUGAGAAAUGGAAAUGUCAGUUCUGUGAUUUUAUCUCCGAUUGCUCGUUUUCAGUUACUUCGUCCAGGGACCGCACAAGAAGUAGAUAACCAACUUUUAGUUACACAUUUUGUCUCCGUCAUGCAAUGCUUGCACGAGAUGAGACAAUUGCAGUACAACUUAUAGAAAGUUACAAACCGAUCACAAUUCGCUGACACUUUGAAAGUUAAACUAUACAAGAAAGUCCACUCCUGCAAUCGAUUUGGAUUGAAAGUGUCUUUCUCAUCCAUUGCAUUUCAUUUCCACGGAUCAUGGAACCAAUUUUACUUAUUACAUUUGUUUGUCUAUUUUUUUCCUAUUGAUAAUUCAUUAUUCUUACUUUUGCUUUGAACUACAAAUUGCAUUCUC